AACCCCCUCGACGAUUUGGAUGAUCAUGACAUCAUCGAGAGGUACCGCCUAUCACGACACAUGAUAUUUUCUAUCAUUGGUAAAGUGAGUGACAGACUUGAACAUCAAACCCAGCGUUCCCAUGCAAUACCACCUUACCUUAAUGUUUUAAUUGCUCUGAGAUACUUUUCCAAGGGUGGGUUUUACAGUGAGAUUGCCGAUAUCCACGGUGUGAGUAAAUCCUCCGUCUGCAGAGCAAUCCACGCAACAACAGACGCAUUAUGUGCAACCAUGGGUGAUUUUGUAUUUCCCACAAUGCCUUCCACUCAGAAGAGUACCAAAGAAUCAUUCUUCGACAUAGCUGGAUUCCCUAAAGUACUCGGUGCAAUUGACUGCACACUCGUACCCAUAAUGGCGCCGAAACGUGACGAAGUAGCCUACGUUUGUCGGAAGGGUUACCACGCACUGAACAUACAGGCAGUAUGUGAUGCCAACAUGAGAUUUACAAACUGUGUCUUCAAGUGGCCUGGCUCUGUCCAUGACAGUUAUAUAUGGAAUAACUCUGCCCUUGGUCAGUACUUUGAAAAGAAGAAUAUUGAUGGAUGGCUACUUGGAGACUCUGGAUAUGCCUGCAGACCAUGGCUGCUGACCCCGGUGCUCAAUCCCAGCUCAGAAGGACAGGAGAAAUACAAUAGAUGCCAUAUCAAGACACGGAACACAAUAGAGAGAGCAUUUGGCUUGUGCAAGUCAAGAUUUAGAUGCCUUCACAAGACAACUGGUGUAUUACAAUUCACCCCAGAAAGGAGUUUGUGUGUUGUCCGGGCUUGCUUCUUGUUGCAUAACAUGUGCAUCCAUGAAAGAAUACCACUUCCCCAGGGCAUUGAGCUACUCAGAGGAGAGGGAACUGCCACAGAGUUGCCAUGUGCUGCUGACUUCCCAACAACAAGCUCUGGUUGUGAUGGACUGUCAGCAAGACAUCAAUUAAUUUUGCAUAAGUUCACUUAA